GCUGGCGGCUGGGCUAUGGUUUGGUGCCUUAGUCUGGCCGUUCUCAGCCUGCUCAUCAGCCAGGGGGCUGACGGUCGAGGGAAGCCUGAGGUAGUCUCCGUGGUGGGCCGGGCUGGGGAGAGCGCGGUGCUGGGCUGUGACCUGCUGCCGCCCGCUGGCCGGCCCCCCCUGCAUGUCAUCGAGUGGCUGCGCUUUGGGUUUCUGCUCCCCAUCUUCAUCCAGUUCGGUCUCUACUCUCCCCGAAUCGACCCUGAUUACGUGGGGCGAGUCCGGCUGCAGAAGGGGGCCUCCCUCCAGAUCGAGGGGCUCCGUGCAGAAGACCAGGGCUGGUAUGAGUGCCGAGUGCUCUUCCUGGACCAGCAGCACCCCGAGGACGAGAACACCAACGGCUCCUGGGUGCACCUCACAGUCAACUCACCCCCCAAGUUCCUGGAGACACCCCCCCAGGUGCUGGAGGUUCGGGAGCUAGAGCCACUGACGCUGCGCUGUGUGGCCCGUGGCAGCCCCCAGCCUCAGGUGACUUGGAAGCUCCGAGGACAGGACCUGGGCCAGGGCCAGGGUUGGGUGCAGGUGCAGAACGGGACGCUGCAGAUCCGACAGGUGGAGCGAGGCAGCUCCGGUGUCUACACCUGCCAGGCCUCCAGCUCUGAGGGCAGCAUCACCCACGCCACCCAGCUGCUGGUGCUAGGGCCCCCGGUCAUCGUGGUGCCCCCCAGGAACAGCACGGUCAAUGCCUCCCAGGAUGCCUCCUUGGCCUGCCGGGCCGAGGCCUACCCUGCUAACCUUACCUACAGCUGGUUCCAAGACAGCAUCAAUGUCUUCCACAUUAGCCGCCUGCAGGCCCGCGUGCGGAUCCUGGUGGAUGGCAGCCUGCGGCUGCAGGCGGCACAGCCCGAUGAUGCUGGGCGCUACACCUGUGUGCCCAGCAAUGGCCUCCUGCACCCACCCUCGGCGUCGGCUUACCUCACUGUGCUCUACCCAGCCCAGGUAACAGCGAUGCCUGCCGAGACCCCCCUGCCCAUAGGCAUGCGGGGGGUGAUCCAGUGCCCCGCUCGUGCCAACCCCCCGCUGCUUUUUGUCAGCUGGACUAAGGAUGGGCAGGCCCUGAGACUGGACAAGUUCCCCGGCUGGUCCCAAGGCCCGGAAGGCUCACUGAUCAUUGCCCUGGGGAAUGAGGACGCCCUGGGAGAGUACUCCUGCACCCCCUACAAUAGCCUUGGGACUGCAGGGCCCUCCCCCGUGACCCGUGUGCUGCUCAAGGCGCCCCCGGCUUUUAUAGAGCGGCCUAAGGAGGAGUAUUUCCAGGAAGUAGGGCGCGAGCUCCUCAUCCCCUGCUCUGCCCACGGCGACCCUCCUCCCGCCAUCUCUUGGGCCAAGGUGGGCCGGGGACUGCAGCGCCAGGCUCAGGUAGAUGGCAACAGCAGCCUUAUCCUACGACCGCUGACCAAAGAGGCCCAUGGACGCUGGGAGUGUACCGCCAGCAAUGCUGUGGCCCACGUGGCUGCCUCCACAUACGUCUACGUGCUGGGCACCAGCCCCCACGCAGCCACCAAUGUGUCCGUGGUGCCUUUGCCCAAGGGUGCCAAUGUCUCCUGGGAGCCGGGUUUUGAUGGAGGCUAUCUGCAGAGAUUCAGUGUCUGGUACACCCCACUGGCCAAACGUCCUGACCGAGCCCACCAUGACUGGGUGUCUCUGGCAGUGCCCGUGGGGGCAUCUUACCUGCUGGUACCAGGGCUGCAGCCCCACACCCAGUACCAGUUCAGCGUCCUCGCUCAGAACAAGCUGGGGAGUGGGCCCUUCAGUGAGAUUGUCUUGUCUGCACCUGAAGGACUUCCUACCACACCAGCUGCUCCCAGGCCUCCCCCCACAGAGAUGCUGCCACUUCUGUCCCCUCCUCGGGGCCUGGUGGCAGUGAGGACCCCCCGAGGGGUACUCCUGCAUUGGGAACCCCCAGAACUGAUCCCUGAGAAGCUGGACGGCUACAUCCUGGAGGGGCGUCAAGGUUCCCAGGGCUGGGAGGUGCUCGACCGGGCAGUGGCUGGCACAGAAACGCAGCUGCUGGUACCAGGACUCAUAAAGGAUGUUCUGUACGAGUUCCGCCUAGUAGCCUUCGUAGGUAACGAUGUCAGCGGUCCCAGCAACACUGCCAACAUCUCCACUUGGGGCCUGGAGGUGUACCCGUCCCGCACACAGCUGCCGGGCCUCCUGCCUCAGCCGGUGCUGGCUGGUGUGCUGGGCGGAGUCCUCUUCCUGGCCGCUGCCGUCCUGGUGAGCAUCCUGGCCGCCUGCCUCAUGAACCGGCGCAGGGCAGCACGCCGCCGCCGCAAGCGCCUCCGUCAAGAUCCACCCCUUAUCUUCUCUCCACCUCGGAAGUCAACCUCACACUCUGCUCCCGGCUCAGGCAGUCCUGACAGUGUGGUGAAGCUGAAGCUUCAGGCUUCCCCAGUCCCCAGCCUGCGCCAGAGUCUGCUGUGGGGGGAGCCCUCCAGGCCUCCCAGCCCCCCUCCAGAUCCUCCAUCUAGCAGGGGCCCCUUACCCCUGGAGCCCAUUUGCCGGGGACCAGAUGGGCGCUUUGUGAUGGAACCCAACGCGGAAAACCAAGAAAGAUCAAGUCCUGAACCAGCGGAACCUCGCACUCCAGCUCGGCGCCAGGCCAGGUCCUUCGACUGCAGCAGCAGCAGCCCCAGUGGGCUGCCCCAGCCCCUGUGCAUCAAAGACAUCAGCCCCGUAGGGCCCCCUCCUGCAGUCCCACCUAGUCCCCUGCCAGGUCCAGGACCCCUGCUCCAAUACCUAAGCCUGCCCUUCUUUCGGGAGAUGAACGUGGAUGGGGACUGGCCACCCUUUGAGGAGCCCGGUCCUGCCCCGAUCCCAGAUUACAUGGAUACUCGGCCCUGCCCCACCUCAUCUCUCCUGCACCCCCUGGAUUCGCCCCCUGUGGCAGCCAGGGCCAUGCUUCCUGGAGCAGCUCCAGAGCCCACUUACACAGCGCUGACAGACUGGACCAUAAAGGAGCGGCUUCUGCCAAGCCUCCUCCCUGCUGCCCCCCGGGGAAGCCUCACCAGCCAGAGCAGCGGGCGGGGCAGCGCCUCCUUUUUGAGGCCCCCCUCCACAGCCCCCUCUGCAGGAGGCAGCUACCUCAGCCCACCUCCAGGAGACACCAGCAGCUGGGCCAGUGGCCCGGAGAGAUGGCCCCGAAGGGAACAUGUGGUCACAGUCAGCAAGAGGAGGAACACGUCUGUGGAUGAGAACUAUGAAUGGGACUCAGAAUUUCCUGGGGACAUGGAAUUGCUGGAAACUUUGCAUCUGGGCUUAGCUGACCCUCAACUCUGCUCUGAUGAGCAAGAGCUAGGUGCAAAGCCCCCAGAUGAGAGCUUUCUUCUGAACACUGCCCACGCUCCUGGCCCUGAAGCCCGCUGUGCUGCUCUGAGAGAGGAGUUCCUGGCCUUUCGCCGCCGCCGAGAUGCUGCUAGAUCCCGACUACCAGUCUACCGACAGCCGGCCCCCCACUCUGAACAGGCCACUCUGCUGUGAAGGCCCCGGAUGUGAGGCUGGAUGAAGGCACAGAACCCUGCCAAGGAGGCAGCCAAUAGACCCAGCCCCAGUACGGGGCACUGUCCUGCCCCAUUGGUGCUCAGGCUCAGGCCCUGAGAGUGGGCUUCGUAUGGGAUGUGCGUGCUGGCCCCUGGGGACCUUAGGCCUGCUGUGUGUGUGUAUAAGUGCGUGUGUGUGUACAUGUAGGGGGGUUGCUGGUUGGCUGGUUGUAGUGUGGGUGAGGUUUUUUUUUUUA